AUGAGAAUGAGCUGGUGCUUGUUGCUGUUUGCUGCUGUCCUUAACGCAUCGCCGAGUCCUCAGGAAACCAGCAUAUUCUACUCGACUUCUGGUACCUCUACAUCCACUUCUUCGAGUACUUCUACAUCCACUUCUUCGAGUACUUCCACAUCCACUUCUUCGAGUACAUCCCAACCCGGCCCUACGAAUGACGCUCAGGCGUGUGCUCGGAUUGCUUCUUCGACUUCAGUCCAGAUCGCGCAGAAUUCAAGAGCAACUCCGACUGUGUCAGCUCAAUUGGCUUACGACUGCCUCCAGUCCGUACCGAACAAGCCCGAGCCCGCUGCAGCUCUCGUGAAGAGCUUGAAGGCAUUUGUACAAUGGCAGAGUACGCUGGCUUUCUUGAAGGACCCCCCCGCUUCUUACAUGCUGCCCGCGACCGAUAUCGAGGGUGGCUUGGACAACAUCUCAACGACGGCUACGAAUCAGCAAUUCAAGAGCGAGUACGAAUUCCAGCUUAGCAUGGUCAAGCUGAUCACGACGGCGCAUGACGGUCAUUUCUCAUACCGACCUGAUGUGUUCAAGGCUUUUGUUUUCAGGAACAACUUGUCUUCGGAUAUCGUUUCAAUCUCCACUGAUGGCAAAGCGGUUCCUAAGCUGUAUCAUGCUGGCGCUGUUUUGGGUGCCAUGAAUGGCACAAUGACCAACGCCCCGGCCAUCACGAAGAUCAACGGGGUCGAUGCAGCGAAAUAUAUCGAGGAACAAAAUUUGGAAUUCAGCAGUUUCCAGGACCCAGACUCUCAGUGGAACUCGGUUUUCAGAUCGUACGCCAAUCCUCAGGGAAUCCUCACUGUUGCUGCUUCGAUAGCGUUUCAAGGUCCGAGUGUCACGUUAACCUACGAUAAUGGAGAAGAGAAGACGGAAGAUAGCUUUGCGGUGAUCCGUCAAGGGGUGAACUUCACUGGAGUAAACAGUGGGGAAGAUUACUACACCAGAUUCUGUACGCCACCGAGGCGAGACACAAAUGGUACAGGGACCCCGACUAUGGCACCGACUCCGAGUAUGAGUAGACCGGCAAUUUUGCCAACGAUCCAAGGAUAUCCGGCUCCUAUCGUUCGUGACAAUGGCGGUAACACCACCUCUGGGUAUUUCCUCAACGGCACAGGCUAUGACAACGUCGCUGUUCUGGCUGUUUCCGCGUUCGCGCCCCAGGGCGACGCUGGGUCUAUCGAUUAUCUAUCCGACUUUCAGAGGACUGUCGGAACAUUCUUGGAGAAAUCAAAGGCAGCCGGCAAGACGAAACUCAUCAUUGAUUUGCAGGCAAACGGAGGUGGUUUCGUGAUCGCGGGCUACGAGCUCUUUGCUCAGGUUUGCAUCUCUCUCUAUAAUUUCAAAGCCGUUCGUUCAUCUGACUCCAUUCAGCUUUUCCCCACAGUCAAGAGAUUUCAAGCAGACAAUAUCAGACUGGCCGACAGUGUUGCUAGCUUGGCUAGAGUGGCUGGUAGCAUCCCUAACAACUUCACGGCCAAAACUUCGUUGGAGCGUGCUGCCCUCAACGUUCUACAAAAUAGUGUCAUCACUAGUAACAUUGAGCCGGGGGGCAUAUUCACACCUUCGGGAAAACUCUUCACUACAACGGAGGAGAUCAUCGCCCCUGUUACACUCAAAGGGGACCGCUUCACGGCGUAUCAGCAAGCACCUUUAAACGAUACCAGCGCCGCGUUCAAUCUUACCGGUACCGGGUCCCGAUCGAACCCACUCGCUUCCGUCUUCGCCCCGGAAAAUGUUGUCCUUCUGACGGACGGAACCUGUGGAUCGACUUGUACAAUCUUCUCGUACCUGAUGAUCCUCCAGAUGAACAUCAAGACCACGGUCGUCGGUGGCCGCCCCAAUACCGGCACCAUGCAGUCCAUCGCCGGAGUAGAAGGCGCCCAGGUCUUCCCCCUCAACGAGAUAUCCCAGGCAGCUGCGGCAUCCAUCAUCCUCGCGCCCUCGUCCGAGCAGGCGGCGCUCAAAUCCAGCGAGCUCGGCGUCCUCGCCGAAGGCUACGCCCUGCGCCGGCUCAGCAACCCGGCGAACCCGGGCGCGGUCAACGGCAAGAACGCGUUUGCCGCCACGGACUCCAAGGUCCCCCUGCAGUUCCUGUACGAGCCGGCGAACUGCCGCAUCUACUUCACGGCGAAGAUGCUGAUGAGUCCCGAGAUGACGUGGAAGAAGACGGUGGACGCCACCUGGACGGAUCCGAACAAGUUCUGCGUCGACGGGAGCGUGACGGCCUUGAGCGCGGCGAGCGCGCAGAGCGUGGAUCCCGUGUUCCAGACGACGGUCGAUGGGAUGGGGAGUGCGAGUCGCAAUGGGACGACGCCGAAGCAAGGCACGGCGCGUGGGCUGGCCGAGGGGAGGAAUCUGGCGUUGGCGGUGCUGCUUGCGGGAGUGGCCGGGUCCAUUUCCUUGCUGUAA